AUGACUACUAGGAUUGCUUCUUCUCGGAUUCUCAAAGAUGCAAACGGAGACAUCAGUGAGCAUCUUCGUAACCAUAUUCAUUUAACCAACUGUAUCCACUUGAAGAAUCAUAUACACAACAACAACAACAACAGCAAACAGAGUCCGGUUUUAACACACCGGUCUCUUCUUAUGAGAGACCUCGUCCUUCUUCAGAGAUCAAGAUCACUCAGAGACCCAUCUGCUAGCCCCAGGAUGAAAGAAGAUCACAAGGAAGGAAGAAGUAGAAGCUCUGUUGAUCAGAAUGUGGGUAAGAAACCUGGUCAUAAGAUGUGUAGUUCGUCUCCAAUAGUUAGCUUUGGUACAUCUAAAGUAACUCCGUCUGAUGAAAAGCUGGAUGGGUCGAGUAGGAAGAAGAGUUAUAGAGUCGAAGAUUCUAUUGUCAAGCCUCUGUCUGAUCAGUUAUUAGGUGAUAGUUGUACUGUUCGAAAUGGGCGUAAUAGGCGGAAACUUAGAGGGAAGAGGAGAGCGGGAAGGGCGGUUACUAUUAGAGACAAUGUUCAGAAGUACGAGGAAAAAGAAAAAGAACAGAAAAUGGCUAGAGCAGAUCCAGAAAACGGGUGUGGACUUCCGUUUAAUUGGUCAAGGAUUCAUCAUAGAGGCAGAACGUUUCUAGAUAUAGCUGGAAGGAGUUUAUCUUGUGGAAUGUCAGAUUCAAAGGGAAGAAAAGGGUUAACAGAUAUGCCAAUGUCAUCUGAUUCAAGCUCCUCUUUCACCAAAUCAACGCCUCUUUUAGUAGAUAGCGCUGACAAUGAACGUUGGCAACAUGAUUACUCAGGAGAAUUAGGUGUCUUCGCUGACGAUCUUCUCAAGAAUGGUAAAGAUUCAGACUCUGGUGAGAGACGUAGCCAUAGAAAUACUCGUCUGCAUCAAAGUUUUACGCAGAAGUAUGGACCAAGAACGUUCAAAGACCUCGUGGGGCAGAGUUUGGUGGUACAAGCUUUGUCUAACGCUGUUGCUAAACGAAGAGUGGGACUUCUUUAUGUCUUCCACGGUCCGAACGGAACCGGGAAGACUUCAUGCGCUCGAGUUUUCGCUAGAGCGUUGAACUGUCAUUCUAUGGAACAGACAAAGCCUUGCGGUGUAUGCAGCUCUUGUGUUUCGUAUGAUAACGGUAAGAACAGAAACAUUCAAGAGAUGGGUCCUGUGAAAAGUUUCGACUUUGAGAGUCUGAUCAUCUCUCAGGAGAAGAAGAGGCAGAAGCACCACCUUGUGUUUAUAUUCGAUGAUUGUGAUACUAUGUCAACGGAUUGUUGGAAUGCGCUUUCGAAAAUUGUGGACAGAGCACCUCGUCGUGUGGUUUUUAUUCUUGUCUGCGCGAGUCUUGAUGUGUUGCCUCACGUUGUUGUGUCGAGGUGUCAGAAGUUCUUUUUCCCUAAGCUUAAAGACGCUGAUAUCGUUGGUUCUUUGCAAGGGAUUGCGUUGAAGGAAGAGAUUGAGAUUGAUGAAGAUGCGUUGAAGCUUGUUGCUUCGAGGUCAGAUGGUUCUUUGAGAGACGCGGAGAUGACUCUAGAACAGCUGAGCUUGCUUGGAACAAGAAUCUCUCUUCCUUUAGUUCAAGAAAUGGUUGGAUUAGUUUCUGAUGAGAAGUUAGUAGAUCUUCUUGAUCUAGCUUUAUCAGCAGAUACUGUGAACACAGUGAAGAAUCUGAGAGUAAUAAUGGAAACUGGCGUAGAACCAUUAGCUUUAAUGUCGCAGCUCGCAACAGUCAUAACUGAUGUCCUUGCCGGAAGCUAUGACUUCACUAAAGAAGAGGGUAAAAGAAAGUUUUUCAGACAACCAUGUAAUAAAGAAGAUAUGGAGAAGCUGAGACAAGCGUUGAAAACGUUGUCUGAAUCAGAAAAACAGUUGAGAGUAUCAAACGAUAAAGUAACAUGGCUAACUGCUGCAUUGCUCCAGCUAGCUCCUGAUCAACGCUACUUGGUUCCACCUAGUCCUUGUAACAAAUCUGCAGCGGAAACUAGAGAUUGUAGCAAAACGCGACCUUCGGUUGAAGAUAUUUGGUUAGCGGUUAUAGAGAAUGUUCGAGUUAAUGGUUUAAGAGAGUUUCUUUAUCGAGAAGGGAAGAUCUUUUCUAUUAGUAUCGGUUUAGAUCCUACGGUGGAGUUAAUGUUCAACUCGCCAGUAACGAAACUAACGGCUGAGAAUUUUAGAGAGAACAUUUUGAGAGCGUUUGAGGUUGUUCUUGGUUCUCCGGUCACGCUAGAGAUUAGAAUCGAGUCGAAGAAAGACAUGAAAGACGUUAGCGAGAUCGUUGAAUUGGAUGAUGAGACUGAAUCUUCUAGAAGGAAAGACUUGGAAGCGAGCAUUGUGAGAGGAAAAGCCUCGUUUGGUCAGGUGAUUAAGCAAGCUGAAGGGAACAGUUGGUCGAAACGCAAAGCGAUGUUGAUUGCAGAUAAGCUUGAACAUGAGAAUCUGAGACUUGAGUCUAGUUCAAGAAGCUUGAUAUGUUGGAAAGCGUCGAGAAGCGUACGCCGCAAGGUAUCGAGAUUGAAGAAGGUGAGGAGGAGAAGGGUACGAUUACAUUCGUUGUUGAAGAUUGUCAUGUGUGGGAAAAGUUUAUCAACGGCAUCCCCUUCCAGCUAGUUCGUCCUGGGUUCUUCUUGUCUUCUUUCUUAUCUUAGGCAGAUAUUUAAUGUAAUUUUUAGUUUUUUUUUGUUCUGGGCAAGUAAUCUUUGUUGCUGUAUUAUUAUUAUUAUUACUAAUGUAAUUUUUAGUUUGUUUUUUGUUCUGGGCAAGUAAUCUUUGUUGUUGUAUUAUUAUUAUUAUUACUA